AUGGAUUCUUCGUCCCCUCCACGGCCUAUCCCGCCCGCAGUGUCAGGAAGAGAUGUAACUCCCUUGACAGAGAGCGAUGAAGACAGUGAAUCUAGCGGUAGUUACACGGAGCGCCGGAGUGCAUACUAUCCUUCUGUGACUCCUGCAAAUUCGGAUUCCAUAAUCCACCUUCCGACACGAUGGAAUGACCAAGACAAGAACAAAUAUCUUCACAUUUCCGAGGAUGGUCGCAAUUUAUCGUUCCACGGCCCUACUCAACAAGGGGAGAAAGAGGCGGCAGCCGCUCGUGCUAAUCACCCUAUUCCACCUGCGUGCGGAAUUUAUUAUUACGAAGUCACAAUACUUGAUAAGGGGUAUAAGGGACACAUUAGCGUUGGUUUUAGUUGUUCGGGCGUGCGACUUAACCGUUUGCCUGGGUGGGAGAGAAAUUCAUGGGGAUAUCAUGGUGAUGAUGGCAAUUCAUUCGCGUCUGAAAGGGACGGCACUCCCUUUGGCCCUAAAUUUACUACUGGAGAUGUUGUCGGUUGUGGAAUAGAUUUCAGUCUGGGAAAAGCGUUUUAUACCAAAAACUCGAGCUUGCUCGUAGGUUAUGCAUUCGAAAACAUCGGACGAGGCGAGGCGAUCUAUCCUUCAGUCGGUUUGAGAACACCCCAAGAGCAGAUUCGCGUGAACUUUGGCCAGGAACCAUUCAAAUACGACAUAGACUACCAUGUACACUUGGCGCGAGAUAGGGCAUGGUCGAGGAUUCAAGCAACCCCAGCGGCGCGUAAGGACUCGUCGGCUGAGGUGAAGCAGGAGCCUACAGAUGACGAUUUUACCCCGAUUUCCCUAGCCAAAGAUUAUUCUGAACCCAUCGAUAAGCUUAUUUUGUCAUAUCUUCAUCACCAUGGGUAUGAGAACACAGCGUCAGCGCUGAAGACGCAGAUAGAUGGACGAAGAAAGAAAGCUGCUAUGGCCGGAAAACUCGCAGUCGACUCUGGAUCGGACGUGAUGCGGUACCGACAACGUAUCGUCGGUGCUGUCUUCACAGGUGAUAUUGAUCUUGCUCUGCAACUCAUCCAAGAAGUAUGUCCAAGUGUGCUAGAGACAGACGAAGGGUUUCUUCAUUUGAAGUUGAAAUGUCGCAAGUUCGUCGAACUCAUAUUGCGCGCGAGCGAUGCGUUACAGGCCAUAAAGAAUGCUGAAGCUGAGACUACACCCAUCCUGGCAGAAUCUGCAGGGUCGAUGGGAGAAGCAGACAUGGACGUCGACGAAGAGAACGACCAAUCACAGACGAAUGGCUUCUCGGACGGUAGUGCACCCGUGACAAAACCUGUACCUCUUAGUCCGCGUAUGAAGCGCACCUCGAGUCGUUCGGUCCCGCCACCUGUCGUCGCUGCCUACCAAUCUGCCCUGAGUGAAGCGCUGUCCUACGGAAAGGCUCUACACGCAGAAAUGCCCCGAGCCGAUUCCAUGUCAGGUGUGGGAGCGCGUCCAGAGGCGCAUGCCCUGUUGAAGACAACGUUCAGCCUUGUAACCUACGAUGAUCCGCGCGUCGCGGGAGGGGAGGUGCAAGCGCUGACGAGCCGCGAGGCGCGAGCGAAGCUUGCAGGGGAUGUGAACCAAGCGAUCCUAGAAUCACAAGGACGGCCGAGUCGACCGGCGUUAGAGAGGAUGUAUCGACAGACGAGUGUCGUUCUCGAUGACCUUGCUCGAACAGGAGUGGGAGAUGCGGCGUUUGCGGAUAUGUACAGUGAGUUUUUGGACACGUAG